AUGGAUUUCAACGAAAUUCCACAGCUUGAUAUGGACGAUAUGAAGUGUACCUCUGCUGCUGUGGCAUCUCGUGAUCCCUGUGGAACUGUAAAGCCACGCAAUACCAAUGAGGACGAAGAAGAGGCAGAAGAGAAGGAAGACGAGAAGGACAGUGACGAAGAAGAUGAGGACCCGAAGCAAAAGGCAAAAGAAGGUGAGGAUUCAAGCUCAGACCUUGAAAGCGAAGAUGAGGUUGAGAAGAAGGAUCCAAAGACAGAGGAGGCCUUCGAAGCUGAGGAGGAUUCAGAAGAUGAAAGCGAAGAUGAGGAGGUGAAGAAGGAGUCAAAGACAGACAAGAAGGCACCAAAGGCAGAAGACUCAGAGGAUGAAGAGGAAAGCAAGGAUGAGGCGGAGAAGAAGGAUCCAAAGAUGGAGCAGGCAUCGGAAGUUGAGGAGGAGUCAGAAGAUGAAGAAGAGAGCAGUGAUGAGGCAGAGAAGAUGGAAGGCCAGAAAAAUGAUGACAACGUCAAAGCAGAGGAGCCUGCAAACACUGCAGAAGAGAUGAAAAAGACUGAGAAAGAUGAAGAGGAUUCGAGCUCAGACCCUGGAAGCGAAGAUGAGGUUGAGAAGAAGGAUCCAAAGACAGAAAAGGUGGUUGAAGCUGAGGAGGAUUCAGAAGACGAAAGCGAAGAAGAGGAGGUGAAGAAGGAGUCAAAGACAGAAGAGAAGGCACCAAAGGCAGAAGACUCAGAGGAUGAAGAGGAAAGCAAGGAUGAGGCGGAGAAGAAGGAUCAAAAGAAGGAGCAGGCAUCGGAAGUUGAGGAGGAGUCAGAAGAUGAAGAAGAGAGCAGUGAUGAGGCAGAGAAGAUGGAAGGCCAGAAAAAUGACGACAACGUCAAAGCAGAGGAGCCUGCAAACACUGCAGAGGAGAUGAAAAAGACUGAGAAAGAUGAAGAGGAUUCGAGCUCAGACCCUGAAAGCGAAGAUGAGGUUGAGAAGAAGGAUCCAAAGACAGAGGAGGCGUUCGAAGCUGAGGAGGAUUCAGAAGACGAAAGCGAAGGUGAGGAGGUGAAGAAGGAGUCAAAGACAGAAGAGAAGGCACCAAAGGCAGAGGACUCAGAGGAUGAAGAAAGUGAAGAUGAGGUGGGGAAGAUAGAAGACACCAAAGAGGAGCCUGCAAAGACCGCAGAGGAGAUGACAAAGACUGAGAAAGAUGAAGAGGAUUCGAGCUCAGACCCUGGAAGCGAAGAUGAGGUUGAGAAGAAGGAUCCAAAGACAGAAAAGGUGGUUGAAGCUGAGGAGGAUUCAGAAGACGAAAGCGAAGAAGAGGAGGUGAAGAAGGAGUCAAAGACAGAAGAGAAGGCACCAAAGGCAGAAGACUCAGAGGAUGAAGAGGAAAGCAAGGAUGAGGCGGAGAAGAAGGAUCAAAAGAAGGAGCAGGCAUCGGAAGUUGAGGAGGAGUCAGAAGAUGAAGAAGAGAGCAGUGAUGAGGCAGAGAAGAUGGAAGGCCAGAAAAAUGACGACAACGUCAAAGCAGAGGAGCCUGCAAACACUGCAGAGGAGAUGAAAAAGACUGAGAAAGAUGAAGAGGAUUCGAGCUCAGAGCCUGAAAGCGAAGAUGAGGUUGAGAAGAAGGAUCCAAAGACAGAUGAGGCAAAAGAUGUCCCGAAAGUUAAGCAGGAGUCGAAGGACGAAGAAGGCAGCAGUGAUGAGAUAGAGAAGAUCAAAAGUGAGAAAGAGGAUGUGAAGGUGAAAACAGAAGGUGGCGAGAAUGCAAAGACAAUGGCCAAGAAUGAGAAAAAUGAUGAGUCGAGCUCAGAGGAGGACUCAUCAGGCAGCUCAAGCAGCAGCGACAGUGACAGCAGUUGCAACAGCAGUGACAGUGGCAACGACCUGGACAGUGAAGAACAAGAGGAAGGAAGAAAGACCGAGCAAACAGCUGUUGAACAAGCUGCACAGGAGGCUGGGACACUGGCCGAGUUUGAUGGGGUAGGUAUCAACGUGGAAGGCACUCCUGUUCCCAGUGCAGCCUCGGCUGCUGUUGGAGCUGAUGGUGAGCAGGCUGACCAGGUUGAACCAAAGGUGAAAAGACGAGGAAAGGUGGCAGAGACCACAGUGAUCAAAGAAAAUUUUAAGGACUUUGCUGAGAAUUCUUUCAAGAUUACCAUCAAUCGCAUUCAGCAGUUGACUUUGCAAAAAGUGGGCAUGAAACUUCCCACGCCAAAAGAACAGCUAGAGAUGGUGAACAAACGAAGAGACGGCUGGAUUGUGGAAGUUCGACGCAGAAUUUCUGGAAAAGCAGCUGGCCAGUUGUACAAGCUAUACAUAUCUCCCAAAGGUAGCAGCUGCACUAGUUCAGCCAUGAACCCCAAGUCUUUGCUGCCGAUCUUGCUUUGGAUCAACCAGAUCCCUUUGCCCAAGCAAGACGUCGAGCUGUGCAGUGGUGAUGGGCACCUGACGCGAGGGCUUUGGUCCCAGGGCUACCAUGGAAAAGCCUUCGAUGUUGUGGGGCACGCUCCCAGAGCUGUCGAGCCUGUGGCGCCCGCUGGAUACAAAGCUCUUGAUGGCAGCCCUAGCAAGGAGAAAGAUGAUGUUCGACUUCGUGCUAUUUGCAAAGACUGCCAAUGUGAAGAUAUCUCGGUAGCCUCCUGGCAAAAUGAGAAGGAUACCCAGGGAGACCGGAUGCGAAAGAAGAAGGCGACUGUGGAACCUACAGAGGCGUUCAAAGCUUUUGAGAGGGCGAGACAGGAGGCCAUAGAAGCUGUGGCAGAAGACGAGUUGAACAACAAAUUGAAGAAGCAAAGAAUGGCUGAACUGGAGAGCUUGAGAAGGAAACUGCAGAAGUCUGAAGAAAAGAAUAGUACAACAUCGGAUGAUUCUACAACAACACCAGGUGAGAUGACGACUCCCAGCAAUGAGAGUUCAGAUGAAACAAUGUCAAAGAAGAAUGAGCCAGAACAGCAGGAUGCAAAGCAGGAGAAACCCAAGAAGAAGAGUACAGGACAGAAGCAGCCUGCUGCAUCGAAGACAAUCCCUGGUGACAAGACCACCACCAGCCCAUUGAGUGCACAUGCAUCUGCAGACCAGACAGAGGCCAACAAGAAGUCCAAGGAGAAGGCAGAGGAAAAGCAGCAGAAACGCAAGGAGAAGCAGGCGAAGAUCGAAGAUGUGAAGCCAACAGAAGCGAAAGAGCCAAAGCAGAAGGAUGCAGAAGAGGAGAAACCCAAGAAGAAGAGCAAAGGACAGAAGCAGCCUGCUGAUUCCACCCCAGGUGACAAGACCACCACCAGCCCCUUGAGCUCACAUGCAUCUGCAGACCAGACAGAGGCCAACAAGAAGUCCAAGGAGAAGGCAGAGGAAAAGCAGCAGAAACGCAAGGAGAAGCAGGCGAAGAUCGAAGAUGUGAAGCCAACAGAAGCGAAAGAGCCAAAGCAGAAGGAUGCAGAAGAGGAGAAACCCAAGAAGAAGAGCAAAGGACAGAAGCAGCCUGCUGAUUCCACCCCAGGUGACAAGACCACCACCAGCCCCUUGAGCUCACAUGCAUCUGCAGACCAGACAGAGGCCAACAAGAAGUCCAAGGAGAAGGCAGAGGAAAAGCAGCAGAAACGCAAGGAGAAGCAGGCGAAGAUGGAAGAUGUGAAGCCAACAGAAGCGAAAGAGACAAAGCAGAAGGAUGCAGAGGAGGAGAAACCCAAGAAGAAGAGCAAAGGACAGAAGCAGCCUGCUGAUUCCACCCCAGGUGACAAGACCACCACCAGCCCCUCGAGCUCACAUGCAUCUCCAGACCAGACGGAGGCUGACAAGAAGUCCAAGGAGAAGGCAGAGGAAAAGCAGCAGAAACGCAAGGAGAAGCAGGCGAAGAUGGAAGAUGUGAAGCCAACAGAAGCGAAAGAGACAAAGCAGAAGGAUGCAGAGGAGGAGAAACCCAAGAAGAAGAGCAAAGGACAGAAGCAGCCUGCUGAUUCCACCCCAGGUGACAAGACCACCACCAGCCCCUCGAGCUCACAUGCAUCUCCAGACCAGACGGAGGCUGACAAGAAGUCCAAGGAGAAGGCAGAGGAAAAGCAGCAGAAACGCAAGGAGAAGCAGGCGAAGAUGGAAGAUGUGAAGCCAACAGAAGCGAAAGAGACAAAGCAGAAGGAUGCAGAGGAGGAGAGACCCAAGAAGAAGAGCAAAGGACAGAAGCAGCCUGCUGAUUCCACCCCAGGUGACAAGACCACCACCAGCAGAUCGAGCUCACAUGCAUCUCCAGACCAGACGGAGGCUGACAAGAAGUCCAAGGAGAAGGCAGAGGAAAAGCAGAAGAAAGAUAAGACAGGCGAAGAGAAGCAGGCCCAGAAGGAUGCGAAGCCACAAGACGACAUGCUGCUGGACAAGAAGACUCAACUGACUGAACAGGACAAAGAAUUUGCUAGAUUGGAUGGACAAUGGAAGCCAUUGCCACCAGUUACUUGGACAGAUCGUUUUUUGACUCUGUCUGCAAAGGAUUUGGCUGAAAAAGUUGAGAAAGCCAAACAGCAUGCAGAGUUUAGCGAAUUCAGGAAGUUGACAGGUUUGAAACGGAAGGCAUUUGGGAAGGAGAGCCCAGUGGCACACCUUGCAAGCUUCUAUCACUGGCUCUGCACGGGGGAGUAUACACAAACAGCUAACACAGAAGCAGCACAGAGUGGAACCACGUCCGACAAUGGACCUGAGAAAAAACGAAAGACAGAGAACAAAAAAGUGUUGGAUGAGGAUUCAAAGAAAGCGAAGACUGCAGACCCUAAGGAUGAGGUGUCCAACAAGAGGAAGGCCAUUGAUGAUCUUGGACCCCAAGCUUCAAAGCCAAAGAUUGAGGAUCAACCACUGAAAAAAAUGGAGAGCAAGGACACUGGGGGAAAUGUUGAUCGAAAGACAAUCUACACUGGCGAGUUUGGAACCUAUGGCAUCCCCUCCAUCAUGCCGUCGACAGCUCUUCUCUUCUCAGGUAUUUUUGAUGCAAUCAUUUUUUCUACCCCCAUUGAGAAGGCCAAAAUCCAAGCGAUGCAGAAACCAUCGGACAUGGAAUACUCGGAGCGCAAACGCCAGUAUGCUGCUCUUCGAAGAGCGAUCAUCAAAGAGGCUUCUCCAGAGCUGGUGGCAAAAUUUAGCUUAGCGAAUGACAAGGAGUUUUCCAUGCUGAAAGCAUGGGUGCAAAAUCAGUCUCUGGGUGACAUCGAGAUCGAAGAACGAUAUCGUGUUUGGGUUGCCAAUCUCCGCACGGAUCGCUAUGUGACAAUUCUACAGCUUGAGAAACUCUAUGGAAAGAGUGCGGAGAGCAAGGCAUUCAUCGCUGAGUUGACCAAAGGCCUGGAUUGGUGGGAUGUUCACUUCGAAAUCAAACUUCCUUUUUUGCCUGAGGCAUCCUUGUCAGGGCGGGUCAAGGACGCUGCUGCAAAAGGAAUGCUGAGUAAGCAGCUGGGGGGAUUGACUGGGGAUGUUGCAUUCCUAGAUCAAGCCACGGGAGUGAUCAAAAGCAAGAAACCAAAAAAAGAAAAGACACCAGAGCAAGAGGCUCUGGCUGAAAUGAAGAAACUGCAGAAGAAGUGGAAAGUGAUCUGGAACAACCUCCACCAGUGCAUCGAAGAGCUUGGAGCUCAUGCAGUCAGGAACUCCUCUGAACUUGUAAGUGUCACAACUUUGGUGAAGUUUCUACGAGUUCUUCGCAAGCGUAUCCCUGGACGUCCCCUAGCACCUGCACGAAGUUCAUGGGACACGAGAAUGCUGAUUUACGUGAUGGACACAACGCGGGCCAUCAGUGAAACCUAUGACAUCUUGGAUGCCUGGGUAGUGCAUGGGCUUUCUGAGCUUCAGGAGGGUCGAUAUUUUGAUGUUGACAUCCAUGGGAAGAAGUGGAACAGACCCCAGCACAUCGCUGGCGAAAGGAUUUGUGGUGAAUACUUUGGGGUACUUGUAGCGUUGAAAGGAGACCAAAAGUACCUUCAGCGAACUCUGAAACUGAACACCUCUGGGGCCCUCAUUGAGCUCACUGAAGAUGAGACGAUAUGGCAGGGCGACACCCAGGAUGAACGACUACGACAAGCCUACGUCCAGUUUACUGCCGAGUGUCGACAACACCGUGUGCGUCACUUGGUGGCAUCUGGUUGUGCAUUAGUGCGCGCGCUGCAAGGUGCAACAACUCAAGAUCUCAACACACAUCAACAUGUUUUUUUUUGA